AUGGUGAACCCAAACGCGCAAAGGAAAGACACUGUGAACGUUGUCAUCAAUGCCAUCUACUUCAAGGGCAACUGGCGGGAUCCCUUCAGGAAGGAGAUCACCAUUGACCACGAGUUCCAUCGCCUUGAUGGAAGCACCAUCGAUGUGCCUUUCAUGCAGAACUGGUGCGACCAGCAAAUCGCCUGCUAUGACGGAUUCAAGGUGCUCAAACUGCCGUACAAGUCGAUGGACGUGGACAGGUCCUCACCGGAUUUCGACUGGAUGCAGCUGAAGAGUAUCCCCAAGUUCUCCAUGUGCAUCUUCCUCCCCGACACCCGCGACGGCCUGCAGAGCCUAAUUGAGAAGAUGACCUCAUCGCCGAAGUUCCUCCACAACCACCUGCCUCUGAUGUUCGUCCCUGUCAAUGAGUUCCGGCUGCCACGGUUCAAGCUGACCUUUGGCGGUGGCAUCGUUGAAGACCUCAAGAGCUUGGGCCUGAUCUUACCGUUCCACCCAUUAACAGCGAGUAUGUCAGAGAUCACGGAGGUUGACACUACUGAUGAUGGGCCAAUAUAUGUGAGUGAGGUCAUCCACAAGGCGGUGAUCGAUGUGAAUGAGGAAGGCUGUGAGGCAGCUGCCGCCACCGAGUCGGAUGACGACAUGGGGUUCUCGUUGGACUAUGAGCCGCCCAAGCAGGUGGACUUCGUCGCCGACCACCCAUUUGCAUUCUUCAUCAUCGAGGAGACAUCAGGCAGCGUCGUAUUUGCCGGGCAUGUCCUCGACCCAUCUAGGGAGUGAAGGAUGAGCAACUGCACGUUGUUAAGAUGUCUUAAUCAAAUAGAAGGACAGAGGCAUAUCUGUGAUUUUAGUAGUA